AUGUCUUGUUGGCUGAUUGAUUCUCAGAUUGUUUCCAUGAAAAAUGGAAAAUUGGAAUCAGCCAAUAAGUACAAAUACACAGAUGAAUCCAUUAUAUUUCAUAAAGCUGUUUAUGAAACACUACAGCCAUUGAUUUCGAAAUAUUUAGAUCAUUCAUUAACAUCAGAAGACAUAAACAUAGCAAUAACCAAACUAGAAGCACUAAACACACAAAAUGAUACAUCAAAACUCAUUAAACAAGUAUUUUGGUUUUUGAAUUCGUUAAAUCACAAAGAUAAUUUGAUUUCAGUUAAAGAACUCGUUGAUGCAUUCUAUAAAAACGAUUCCAAUAAUGAAAAAAUUGUUAAUAUGCUGAUAAAUUUAUUUUCAUUUGAAACAGAAGGGAAAACAGAAGAAGAACUUAUCAAAAACUUCAAUACAUUCAAGAUUCAAUACCUUUCAAAUGGAGGAACAGAUAAUGUUCUUGAUAUUUUCCAAAAAGUUUACAUUCAUUUGUUAGACCAUGAUGUUUUCAUUGAAGAACUCCUUAAACUACAAAAUUCCAACAAAUUGUCUGAUUUAGACAACAAAUUCGCCAAAAUCAUGGUGAAUUCCAACUUUAUUCUCAAUGAUAACUCUCUUUUUACGAUCAUUAUGAACUUAGCCAUGUCCAACCAACCAAUUACGAUCAAAUUAAUCUCAAAAUUUUCAAAUGCUUUUCCAAUACCAACAAUUAUUCAAAAUUCUAAGCAGUUGAUGAUGCUUUUGUUACAUGAUAGAUGUGAAGAUUUCAUAUCUAACUACUAUUCAUUAACAAAUGAUUCUUCUUAUGAAUUUUUGUUUUCAAUUUUAUUGAAAUUUAUUUUUUCAACGCAAAACAUCACAUUUGACAAAGACAACUCAAUGAUAUCAGUCAUAACAAGAAGGUACUGUCAAUCAAUAUCAGGAUCAGAAGAAUUAAUCGAUUACAUUGGAACAUAUUCUAAUUUAAUCACUGCAGCGUUUACAAUUGACGCUAGUUCUCAAAAAGAUGAAUCAUUGAAUGAAUACAUUGAAUUAAUUUUCAAAACUUUCCAUUCAAAACCUGUAAUUUUUACAGAUUUGGUUAUGAAGCUCAAUGAAGAGUUUACACUAAAAUUAUCACCACAGACGACACAAACAAUCAUAUUACAUCUGUUAAAAUUCAAUAAUUUUCCAUUCCAAAAAUUAAAUAUAAAAAUUCUUUCAAGAUUAAUAGAUGUAAUCAUUCCACAGAUCGAAGCAUGCAAAGAUAGUUCGAUCUCAACAGCUCUGAACUCAUUUUAUGCCAAAUUAAAGGAUGCAAGAACAUUAGCCGGAAUUCAGCCUCAAUUUUUGAAUUUGGUCGACCUAUUAAUGGUCAAAAUUCGUCCUACCACUCAAAUAAGUGAAGCGACCAAACAAAUUCCGAAAUUCAUCCAAGAAAUUGAAUUAACAGGAGAUGUCUAUGCAGAUCUCAGCCAUUAUUGCGCUCAUGUUAUUAAGAACUAUCUUCCAAGUUCAGGAGACCUUUCCGCUCGUCAUUACAGAGCAAUUUGUUUUUUAAUUGUUUGUAUCAUUAAUUGGGGAAUAUAUCCACACCUUCCUAAGUCAAUACAGAUACCAUUUGAAGAUCUAGAGCACUGGGUUCUUUCUCCAGCCCCUCCAAGGUUAAAUAAACCAGCAAAUUAUUAUUUCGAAGCUCUUGAGAGUUUCUUUGAUAAUGUCACCUGCCAAGAUAUACAUCCCAUGUUUCUUCAACAUGUUCUUGCUUGUCUUCAUUUUUUGGACCUAAAUAUGAUGAAUAAAAUUAUGUCAACGCAAAACACCGAAGUUUUGUUUAGUUCAAUACUUUCAUUGAUACCUCUUAAGAUAAACAUCACUUCUCUGCUUCCAGACAUAAUAUUGAACAGAUCAGAUUCUUUAUCUGCGAUUCAAAACACAAUUUUCCCACUUCCAAUGCUUGCAAAAGCUAUUGGAACUCCUCCAAGCCUUGACAAACAAGAUGACUAUUAUAAGAAGCUGUUUCCAAAGCUCCUUGAAGCUAUAAGAAGUGGAAAUGGCGACAAACUGUCGAAAGAAAUCAUAAAAUACAUUGUUUCAACAAGAAGUGAACAAUUUCUGAAACAUGUUGACUUGGAACCAUUGAUAGAAUGGCCUACAACAAAUGAAAAACCAUUAGGAACAUUGCUGUGGACAUUAGAAAGUGUUUUGUCACCGAAAUCAGCACAAAAAAUAUUAGUUUCUCCAAUGCCACAUAGAAUAUUGUUUUUGGCUGCACAAACAGAAGGAGAAAUUAACAAAAGAUGUUUGAAUUUACUUAAAUUCAUUUUAGUUGAUGAAAAAUCUGUUGUUGAUUUUGUCAAAGUUGUUGUUUCUGAUUCAUCUUUGAGUCCAUUGGGUUUGGAUUCUUUUGUUGUUGAUGUUUCUCAGAACCAAGGUGUUUCUGUUGUAGAAACGGAGCCAGAUGAAAUCCGUGAACUGACAAUUAUCACAAAAAUGAGAGAAAUUGUGUCAAAACUCAUAAAAAUUGAAUACAUGGAUUCAAUUAUUUCUUGUUUGCCAGGAACAUUCGGAUCUGUUCAAUUAAUAUCCCAAAUACUACCAACAGUUCAAAAGAUAUCUCCUGAUUGGGGUAUCCCUCUUCUCUCCUUCCUUUCAAGAGUCAAAGGUGACGCUGAAAUCGGAAUGGAUAUUGUUUCAAUUGCAAAAGCGGUUUUUGACGGUUUGGAGGUUGAUGAAUUACCAAGAAAUGUUAUUAAUACAUUUGGAGGCGAUAUUCCUGAGAUGCUGUCUAUGAAAUACAAGGAUGAAGACAAUGAUUCUGAUGAUAAUGAUAAAACAGAUAUCAUUAAAUCUAUUUCUAAUGAUUUACAAAGUCCAAUUGCUGCAUUACGUGGUCGUGGUUUAUUCGAUUUGAGAAGAAAUGUUAUGGAUAAAAAAUCUGUGCUUAGAGAUGAGGAAAACAUAAAGAAGAUAUUGCCGUUGGCUGAGAACCAGUUGAAACAUGAGGAAUCAUAUGUUUAUAUCAACGCAAUUCGUUGUUUGGAAUCUAUUGGAGAUGUUUUCCCUCAUUUGGUCGUCAAAAAAUUGUGCGAAGAAUAUCCUAAACCAGAUGUAAGUUUAUCAUUAAAAGUUGCACAGACAUUGAUGCUUCUCGCAAGAAGAACUGGUCCUGGCUUGAUUCAUUCAGCAAAUGGAAACUUGUGCGGCCAUUUCAUUAAGGCUUUUUCACGUGGAGUUUCCCAUGAAUCAACACUAAUUCAGGCGGCUUCUUUAAGUGACAUGGCCGAGUUUGUCUCUGCAUUGGAAUUUGGCUGUGCAAACUGGUUGACAGACAUUGUAUUGACAAUUGACAAUGCCUGGCAACAACACCAUGUAGUAGAUGUAAGAAGAGCUGCUAGCUAUUGCUGUUAUAGAAUUAUUUUGGUUUUGGGAGAAGGAUUUGGCGAAUGCUCUCCUGAAAAUGUGAAAUUACUCGGUAGAAUUGUUAAGAGAAAUAGAGAGGCUGAGUUAGAUGAUGUUGCUCAUCAAAAUGCCGAAGAUUGCUACCAAACAAUGUGGGAUUGCGCUGCAUCUUUCUUAUAA